ACAGUUGAUGUCUGCACUCUAUAGUAUGUAAAUGUUUAUCUAAAUAUAUCUUCGAGAGUGUCUUUGGCAAGUUGAAAAAAUAAAUAAAUAUUGUCUCAGAUUUCAAGCAAGUCCCACAGUGCAUACUUUUUAGUGUAACGCUAAUCACAUUUUCAUAACACACAAAGACGUGACACUUUUUGCGACAUUCCUUAAAUAUUGGCGAAAUGAACGAAAAUAAUAAGACGUGGAGCAAACAGGAAGUUUUUUCUUUAAUUCAUCUUUGGAAAUUACACCCCGAACUGUGGGACGUAAAAAAUAAAGAAUAUCGAAAUAAGACGAAAAAACAGGCUGCGUUAAGGGCCAUUGCUGCCGAGCUGAGAACACCUGAGAAAGAGAUUUAUCGCAAGUUUCAUAACUUGAGGACCCAAUUUCACCAAGAAAUGAGGAGGAUAAAAGCCAGAAGAAAUGGAGAUACAACAGAAGACACUUAUAGAACUUCUUGGAAAUAUUUUGAUGCCAUGACUUUUAUCAUGGAUCAUUCCAUUCCAAGAUCUGUAAAAAACUUGGGCGAGGAAGCAAAGACUGAAAAUGGAACCGAUGAAUCUGACAAUGCAGAUAUAACUGAUAUAUACAUAAGGCCAGAAUUUGUGGAAUUAAAAAGAAGUCAAAUCAACAUAGAAGAAAAGGAACCGAGUUGCCUAAUUAGAAACCCAUUGCAGGUGGGCGAUAAAAUAACAGAUGAGUUCCAAGUUUUCGGUGAUUUCGUGGCGUCCGAACUACGAAAUUUGCGAUCGAGAGAGAAUCAGAACCGACUGAAAAGGAUGAUACAGCGGUCGAUUUUAGAAAUUUCUGAAAUUGAUAACGACGUUGCCUUCUGAGAGCAUUUGAGUUAUCGUUAUGCGUUAAAUUUUUACAUUAUUUUAUUUCUGAAAAAAAUCUAAAUUUUUAACAUUUAUGUGUUAAAAAGUAAUGAUUACUUUAAGUAGGUUCUAGGAAAAU